CGCUCCGGGUCCCGCUGCGGCUGCGGGUGCUGCACUUCCAGCUUCUGAGCGAAGGAGGCUGAGGCCUGGGCCGAGCCCGGAGCCGCCGCUCGCCGGAGCCUCCUGGAGCCCCCGCGCCGGCUCAACCUGGGGGCGGGCUCAGGCCCGGCCCGCCGCCGAGCCCAGGACAGAGGCUGCAUGCCCGAGGACCAGGCCGGCACAGCCAUGGAGGAGGCAUCUCCCUAUUCCUUACUUGAUAUCUGCUUGAAUUUCCUGACCACGCACCUUGAGAAGUUCUGUUCAGCAAGACAAGAUGGAACAUUGUGUCUGCAAGAACCUGGAGUAUUCCCACAGGAAGUAGCUGACCGACUGCUUCAGACCAUGGCCUUUCAUGGUCUACUGAAUGAUGGAACUGUAGGUAUUUUUAGGGGAAACCAGAUGCGCUUAAAGAGAGCUUGCAUUCGCAAAGCCAAGAUCUCUGCUGUUGCUUUUCGGAAAGCAUUCUGCCACCACAAGUUAGUGGAACUUGAUGCAACAGGUGUGAAUGCUGACAUCACGAUUACAGACAUCAUCAGCGGGCUUGGCAGUAAUAAAUGGAUCCAGCAAAAUCUGCAGUGCCUGGUGCUGAACUCAUUAACUCUGUCCCUUGAAGAUCCUUAUGAGCGGUGUUUCAGCCGGCUUUCUGGUCUUCGAGCAUUAAGCAUCACUAACGUUCUCUUUUACAAUGAAGACCUGGCCGAAGUUGCCUCAUUGCCAAGAUUAGAGAGUCUGGAUAUUUCUAACACCUCGAUCACAGACAUCACGGCUCUGCUGGCCUGCAAAGACCGACUCAAGUCUCUUACCAUGCACCACUUGAAAUGUUUAAAAAUGACAACCACGCAGAUACUGGAUGUUGUUCGAGAACUAAAACAUCUGAACCAUCUUGAUAUUUCAGAUGAUAAACAGUUUACAUCAGACAUAGCUCUUCGUUUACUUGAACAAAAGGACAUCCUUCCUAACCUCGUCUCCUUGGAUGUUUCUGGGAGAAAGCACGUGACAGAUAAAGCUGUUGAAGCUUUUAUACAACAACGGCCCAGCAUGCAGUUUGUAGGUUUGCUGGCCACUGAUGCUGGUUACUCUGAAUUCCUCACAGGCGGAGGGCAUUUGAAGGUGUCUGGAGAAGCCAAUGAAACUCAGAUUGCAGAAGCAUUGAAGCGGUACAGUGAACGGGCAUUCUUUGUCCGAGAAGCUCUGUUUCACCUUUUUAGCCUGACACAUGUGAUGGAAAAAACAAAGCCAGAAAUUUUAAAGCUUGUGGUCACUGGGAUGAGAAACCACCCUAUGAAUUUGCCAGUGCAACUUGCUGCAAGCGCCUGUGUAUUUAACUUAACCAAGCAGGAUCUUGCUGCAGGAAUGCCUGUCCGACUCCUGGCUGAUGUGACCCAUUUACUGCUCAAAGCCAUGGAACAUUUUCCUAAUCAUCAGCAGUUACAGAAGAAUUGCCUCCUUUCACUUUGCAGUGACCGGAUCCUUCAAGAUGUCCCGUUUAACAGGUUUGAAGCAGCCAAGCUUGUCAUGCAGUGGCUCUGCAACCAUGAAGAUCAAAACAUGCAAAGGAUGGCAGUUGCUAUCAUUUCCAUCCUGGCUGCCAAGCUUUCUACAGAACAAACCGCACAACUUGGUGCUGAGCUCUUCAUUGUCAGGCAACUUCUUCAAAUAGUGAAGCAGAAAACCAAUCAAAAUUCAGUGGACACUACUUUGAAAUUUACCUUGAGUGCACUUUGGAACCUCACAGAUGAAUCUCCAACCACUUGCAGACACUUUAUUGAAAACCAAGGGUUAGAACUCUUCAUGAGGGUUCUAGAGUCUUUUCCAACAGAGUCAUCCAUUCAACAGAAAGUCCUAGGACUUUUGAACAAUAUAGCUGAAGUACAAGAAUUGCAUUCUGAAUUAAUGUGGAAGGAUUUUAUAGACCACAUCAGUAGCCUCCUACAUAGUGUUGAAGUGGAAGUCAGUUACUUUGCAGCAGGAAUUAUUGCCCAUUUAAUAUCUAGAGGUGAACAAGCUUGGACACUGAGCCGUAGCCAGAGGAAUUCUCUCCUGGAUGAUUUGCAUUCAGCUAUUUUGAAAUGGCCAACCCCAGAAUGUGAGAUGGUAGCAUACAGGUCCUUUAAUCCAUUUUUCCCAUUGCUUGGCUGUUUCACAACACCAGGAGUGCAGCUGUGGGCAGUGUGGGCCAUGCAGCAUGUCUGCAGCAAGAAUCCGUCAAGGUAUUGCAGCAUGCUGAUUGAGGAAGGAGGAUUGCAGCAUUUGUACAACAUCAAAGAACAUGAACAGACUGAUCCCCACGUCCAACAGAUUGCUGUGGCCAUUCUGGACAGCUUAGAAAAACACAUUGUGCGCCAUGGGAGACCCCCUCCCUGUAAAAAGCAGCCCCAGGCCAGACUAAAUUGAUAGCCAUAGGCAUUGGAUAAUUGAAUCACAAGAAUCCUUUUUGUGAUAGGUUCAUUUGGAAUAUCUUUACCCUCUGAUGUUUUGGGGUUUCUAUGACAAGAAUCUUAGAUCAGUUUUAGACUGAUGAUGUACAGUACUACCCAUGUGAACGGUCUCUAAUUUGUUUUGUGAUUUUUAACUUAUGAGGUAAGAAGGGUCUUUUCCUUCAUCAUUGCUUUUUAGGAAAAUUUCCACAUCUUUCAGUGUUUGCACUUACCUGUGCUUGAAAUUCUACAGUUUUAUGAUAAAAUUUGCACGAACUUUUAGACCAGAAACUCCUGAUCUUAAAGACCCUUCCAAUCAGUUUGCAGCUCCAGAUAAGCUGUUGACCUGAUUUCUGGCAUUGCUUCAGUUGUACAUUUUUUAUUGCUUCUGUAUAAAAUACCUUUAUUCUCUAUCUGUGUACGUUUUAUAAGAUGCCCUUCUUAGUGUGAAAGAAUAGAAAUCUGAAUCCUCUCCUUGGGAAAGCUACUCACUGGCUGGAGCCUGGAUGGCUGGAAGAAAAAUUUAUUAAAAAGAAAAACUAUUAAGGGAGACCAGAGUUGAAGAAUUGGGAAAAGCUCUGGUCUUAUGGUAUAGUUUUUAAACUGGAGCAGGCUAUCCUUCUGGAGUUCACCUGUCUUAGGGCAUGAACAGUAGCUGCUUCUUCAUAUUUAUUCCUGGAAGCAUGGGUUUCUGCUUCCUACACAGAUUGCUGGUUACUUUCUGGAAAUAUUUCCCUCAGCAUCAUAGUGUAAAAUAUUACAGCAUUCUGUGUUAAAGAUUGACUGUCUGAAUCUAUCUGUCACAUUGUUGUGAAAAUGUGAAUCUUUAAACUGUCUCGUUAAAACUGACCAUUCUUGUCCCUCUAUUUCAAAGUCAUUUUGUUCAGUGGAAUAGAGACUACACAUGAUAUCACCUGCUCAGUUAAAUACAGUUGACAACAGUAAAUUUUGCCACAAGAAGUUAUGUGUAUCUUAAUGUUUUCAUGCUGGGAAAAGAUGUCCACAUCUCACUGCCAAAAAUUAAUAACAAGAAUUAGACUGUUGUUAAAUGUGGUGAUUCCAGGUGCAGUGCAUGAAAGAAAAUACUUUUUGAUGGUUUUAUUUUUUAGACAUUUGCCUUUUCUUUAAUAUACCUAUUACAGUAUAGUAAAGAGUCAGUAUCAUUAUAUCAAUAAUGGCUGUUAGGAGGUAGCAAGUCACCAAGAAACUUAAUUCCCAUUUCAAAUUCUAGUUUGUGAAUAAGGUUAAUCACAGUCUCAUAUGACUGCAUUUCUUUUCAUAGAUGACCAAAAUUUUUUCAAUAGGGAUUUUAAAUGGUAUGUUUAAAUUAUUGUGAUAAUUUGGAAACAAUUUAGAAAGGAGCUGGUUUAUUAGUAUGCUGAUAACAUUUUUGAUGUACACAUUUUAUACCACUAUUAAAAUAAUCACACUUGAAUUAUUUGCUACUCCUCCACAAGGAUGAAAACUUAAACUAAAAAAGUAUUGAAAAGCUUUUUACAACCAUUAAAAAUCAAAUUGUGGGUUAAUUUUGACUUAAUUGGUUUAAGAAAAUGUUACAAGUCCAGCAUAAAUUUUCACACAUUAAGUCUGUUUCAGAGGAAAUAGAAAAUUCUUUAAAAUUCCCUCCCCACCUUUUAUUUUGAAUUUUAAUGUUUAUGGCAAAACAUAGAAAAUGACAGCCUGCAGUAGCUUGGAAGUUACUAGUAGCUAUGUUGACCAUUUCCAGGUCUCCUAGCUUGUGUAAUUAAAGGAAAGCCUAUUUGAGAAGUUUGGCUUCAGGCUUUUCUUAUAUCCCAUUUAAGACAAAAGUGCAUGUUCCUUAUGGGCUAAUCCUAGAUUUUUGUCUUAACAAAUUGUUUUUAGAAAUGGCUACAAAUGUACAGAAAAUAAUAAAUCUCUUCAUUAUGCAGAAUAACUUGUUGAUAGAUGAAGAUUCAAAAAUAUUUUAAUUUACUACUUUGAACACUGGUGAUGGCCAGAUAUCUCUGAUUCUUAAAAGCAAAAUAAUUGAUCACAUCCCAAAUAUAUAAAAAUUGUAGUGCCUUUAUUGUUGGGAUGGUUCUUUAAAUUGUAUGUCUAAUUAAGGCUCAGAAUUGUUUCUAAGGUCUUGAAUUUGGCUAAAAUAUAAUAGAUGUGUAUAUUGAAAUGAUAAGGCGUAACUGGCCUGUCUCUACAGCUAGCAUCUAUUAGGCCUCCCUUUUACAUUUAGAUAAUAGAAUUUAACAGUACUUGGUGCCUUCAAGGGUUACCUCUUCAAUGGCUUAAAGGUACUGUUUCAAGCACAAUUUAGACUAGGGUUGAACCACUCAUUGCUCAAAAUCGUAGGUGCACUCAGAUAUUGUAAAAUACCACUACAUCAGUCCAUAAGUAACAGCAAGAGUUAGAGCUAAAGGAAAUUGAAUUAGGCUUUUUAGAGUAUAAUGAUGCAUGUUGGUGUCAUUGAGUACAACAAGAACAUUCUGAAAUUAAAGCAAACAUAUUUAAGCCAUUUCAUUGUUUCCAUCAAGUAAGUUUUCCUGUGAUCUUUGUACUCUAAAAAAUCAUUUUUUUUCCUUUUGCAGUUGAAAAGAAACAUAAACCAAGUAGUGAUAAGGGGUUAGUUUACCCUCUGGCCAAGAACUCCGUGGCUACUGACCUUAAUUGAGGAUUUAAAAAAUCAUAUCAGACCCACAAUUUCAGGAAUUGACUUUAAUAUUGCUGCUCCUCACUCCUGGGUAGAAAUGCUGUUUAGUGGCACCAGUCAAUUUAAGUGAAUUACCCAAGGUGGUGGUGAAUCACCAUAGGCUGCUGUGAGAAUUUAAUUUUAUCUUUUGAUGGUGAACAUGCAAAGAAAGACCCAUAUUUAAAACCAUUAAUCUUAUAUAUCCAGCCUAGGAAGUUGCUUUCACCAGUGGGGCCAUUGGAGUUGGUCCUUUUUCUCCCCAGUCACUUUCAUUUGGCUUUUUUAUUAUGCUGUGCGUUAAGAUAGCAUUGGGUCAUCUUCUAGCCCUUUGAAACAUGUUUUAAUGAAAACAUUUUAUGUGCUAAACAGGGGUAUUAGAUUAGAUGAAUGGAUUCUGGUUUUGGCUUAAUGUUUCAAAAAGCAUGGAUGACACCCAACCACCACCAUGCCCCACCCCUUCCCUGCCAUAGAACAAUGUGCAGCAGGACCCAAGUUUGAAUAGAGGUCUUGAGUAGUAGGGAAAACAAACUUAUUGUUUGGUUAUUGUGCAACCUUUAUCUUGGGAUAAGCAGUAUUAUUAAACUGAAGGUAUAAGUUAAAGGCACUAUCACAUUGUCAGCGGCUGUGGGCAGUUUUAUCUGUAUGUUAUUGAUACUUAUUUGGGGACUUUGUGGCUAGGGCUUCAGAGCAGUAUUUCUAAGCUUACAGAGAGAUUUGCAAACUUAUGGUUUCCCUCUCAAAUCCAUUGUAGCAGUUUCAAAUGAUUGUGUGGAUAUUGGACGUUUAAUCUU